AUGGCGCGGGGAGCCCCGGCGGCGCUCUAUGGGAUGCUGCGGCGGCCGCUCUGCUGGGGAGCCAGCCUGCUGGGCCUCCAGCUCCUGCUGGUGUGUCCGCCGGGCCCGGCCGGAGCCGGCCAGCUCUCCAAGUGGCGGCUGCCGGCGCCAGUGGGGAAGAAUUUGUUUAAUUUUGGAAAGAUUCUCUUCAACAACACUACCAUUUUCCUAAAGUUUGAUGGCAAUGAUACAGCAUGCGAUCCUUCUCAAAGUUACACCGUCCACUGGUACUUGGGAUAUUCUAAUUGCUAUAAUGAAGUCUUCGACUUUGGGGAUAAGCAGACAGAGAGAAAUUUUUCUGAAGAAAUUCGAGGUUGGUCAGGACACUAUGCUAAGUCUUCACUCUUCUUCCCGAACUGCUCCGAGCUCUUCAAACCACAGAUUUUCUAUAAAGAAUUUCUUCAUCCAGAAGACCUCCUGCAAGGAAAACCAGAGGAUAAAAGACAGAAUGGAACGAACCAAACUUCUAUAGCAGAUAUGCCAGCAAUGAAUGCUGUGAUGAAAACCUGGAAAGAUGGACCUUACAUUUUUAUUGUGCAAAUAGGAGUUUCACCCUCGAAAGAGGCCAGUGUCAAAGAAAAAAGAAUGACAAGUGAAGGGUUACCAAAAGUUAUGGCUACCUCUGAUCCACAAGAAACGCUUGUUACCAUGAUUGUGGAAGUCAAGGGGCCAUACGAGUACCUCUCUCUUGCAGAUUAUCCCCUUAUGAUUUUUUUCAUGGUGAUGUGUAUAGUAUAUGUGUUAUUUGGAGUUCUGUGGCUUGCCUGGUCAGCCUGCUACUGGCGAGACCUCCUGCGGAUCCAGUUCUGGAUUGGUGCAGUUAUUUUACUGGGAAUGUUGGAGAAAGCCGUUUUCUAUGCAGAAUUUCAGAAUAUCCGCUACAAAGGAGAAUCUGUCCAGGGGGCAGUGAUACUGGCUGAGCUGCUUUCGGCACUGAAACGUUCACUUGCUCGAACUCUUAUUAUCAUAGUGAGCCUGGGAUAUGGGAUAGUCAAACCUCGUCUUGGCGUAACCCUGCACAAAGUAGUUGUGGCUGGAGCCCUCUAUUUAUUAUUUUCUGGCAUGGAAGGUGUCCUUAGAGUCACAGGGGCACAGAAUGAUCUUGCCUCCUUGGCCUUUAUUCCACUGGCUUUCCUAGAUACUGCCCUCUGCUGGUGGAUAUUCAUCAGUUUGACUCAGACAAUGAAACUGCUAAAACUUCGGAGAAAUGUUGUGAAGCUUUCUCUCUACCGACAUUUCACCAACACUCUCAUCUUGGCAAUAGCAGCAUCUGUUGUUUUUAUCAUCUGGACCACCGUGAAAUUCAGGCUAGUAAAUUGUCAGUCGGAUUGGCAGGAGCUGUGGGUGGAUGAUGCCAUCUGGCGGCUUUUGUUUUCAAUGAUUCUUUUUGUCAUCAUGGUUCUUUGGAGGCCAUCAGCCAACAACCAGAGAUUUGCUUUUUCACCAUUGGCUGAGGAAGAUGAAGAUGAUGAACAGAAGGAGCCAAUGCUGAAAGAAAGCUUUGAAGGAAUGAAAAUGAGGAGUUCAAAACAAGAACUGAAUGGAAAUCCUAAAGUCCACAAAGCACAAGAAGAUGACUUGAAAUGGGUAGAAGAGAAUGUUCCUUCUUCAGUAACUGAUGUCGCUCUCCCGGUGCUUCUGGAUUCAGAUGAGGAAAGAAUGAUCACACAUUUUGAAAGAUCAAAAAUGGAGUGAGGGGAGGAAAUUGCAGGACAAGGCUUCCUGUGAUUGGAGAAAAGGGAGAAACUUCUGUCUCCCUUAGAAUGUUCCAGUGUUGCAUUCUUCUGAUGUGUUCUGCGGUCCUUCACCCCUGGAGUUGGACAUUGUUCUCAGAAAGAGAACAUUUUACUUGGGUCACUAUGGAAAGGAAUUACAAACGUGUUGGUAAACCUAGGAAAACAAUUGGAUUUGCAUUGUUACUGCAAGUUGGUUUUUUAAGCAAUUUAAAUGUCUUUUAUUACAGCACGUUCUGUUGUUUUUAAACGAUUUAAGUGAAACUAAAAAUUUUAACAA